AUGGCGCUGGCGACAAUCAGAAACUGCAAUAUCUCGUUGGGCAAUAUGAAGUCCCUGGAAACUCCCAUGGGGAUGCUCUUGCAGAUCGAGCUCCUAGUCAUCUUCACCGCCUUACUGCUCCUUUUCCUCGUUGCCUUCGGCUCGUGGCGACGUCGCUACAACAGCAGCGUGUUCCGGCUUGUUAUUUUCUUGGUCUACACUCUCUCAACCUACGUAAUCACCUAUGCUCUAGGCCUCAUGAACGAUGCUCCGUUCCGCAACGAAUUAUUCCCCAUCUGGGCAAUGUUCCUGAUGAUCGUCCUCGGGAGUGCUGAUUCUAUCUCUGCAUACAGUCUCGAGGACAACGAGCAGUGGAGGAGGUACAACUGGCAGAUCCAGAUCAAAUUGAUUUGGGUGAUUGUGUUGAUAGUCUUGUACUUACACAACGGAUCCAAGGCGGCGAUUACCGCCAUCGUGUUCCUUGCACUCAUCUUGCAACAGAAGGCCGACGAGAGGGCUCGGGCCUUGAUGGCUGCGAGCCGGCCUUCUUUGCAGAGUAGGACAAAAGUGCUUGCUGAUUAUAUGAGGUGGGAGCCCGAAAGGCGGGGCAAUUCAUUGUCUGCAGUUGAUCCGGUUUGCAUGAGAGGGUAUAGGUAUGUGGUGUGGGGGGAAGAGAGGACUGUUUUGAGUGCGGUGAUUGACGGUGUUCUUGCUAUCCAGAGGUGUGUAGGGAUUGACGUCGCCCUUGCGGAGGCACCGCAUUACUGGGUGCCAUUGCUUAGACACAGUUUGAUCACCAUUGACCAGAUCCUUCGUUUGAGAUAUGCUGGCUACUCGUUGCCCCCAAAGGCGCACGAGGAUGCAUGGAAGUUGAUUCGUGAUGGAUUGCUCUUGCAAGAAGAUGGUUACGAGCGAGCGUUUCGAGUCGUCGAGGUUGAGCUCAUGUUCCUUUACGAUUUUUUUUACACCAAGUACGGUAUCUUAUUCGAGUCUAGCUGGUUGUUGAACAAAUUGGCGGAAUUAAUUUAUGUCGUCGUGGGCAUCUGGGCUACGACAUCACUCUUGAAGCAUUACAAGAGACCUAACAGUAACUGUCGACUCACCAAUUUGCCAAAUGGAUUGAGUGUCGAUGUACUCAUGACCAGCAUGAUGAUAAUAUCGUUCUUCAUCGUGGAGUUCAUGCAGUUCUUCUUCAUGUUUUUCUCGGAAUGGACUAAAGUGAUAUGGAUAUGCGAGUAUGUGAAGAAUAAGUCAUGGCAAAAUAAAGCGUGGAUUGAGUGGAUCAUCAGAGUGAUAUGUGAGGUCCAGUUGCUCAAGCCUUGGGAGCGAAAGCUUCGUCAGUACAUAUUCCUCGAGUCUUACUUCUAUAAACCUACUUUCUUUUUGAACAACAUGAUUAUGGCUGCUUACAUUGAUCAAACUAGGUAUGGCCAGAAACAAAGUAGCCCGAUCAAAUUGCAUAAAGAAGUGAAGAAAGCGGUGCUCAAUGCUCUGAAGUCAAUUAAGGAUACUAAAUUGAAGAAUGGAAGAGACUCGCUGAUAGAGAACGAUGUGGAGCAGCUGUUGUGGGCAUGUAAACUCGAGACACAGACUCAAGUCAUACUGGUGUGGCACAUUGCCACUAGCUUUUGUGAGCAUCAAAAGCCAGAAAGAUUAGGCUCGCCCGAGUGGACGAAUUUCUUAGUGGCGACUAACUUGUCCAAGUAUCUGGCUUAUUUGGUUGCUUUUGCUCCUCGGCUAUUGCCGGAUCACCCUUACGUGGCAGAGUAUGUGUUUGAUCAGGCAAUCAUUGAAGCCAGAAACUUUUUUAAUGGAUGCAAGACAAUGGAGAAACUGGUUACUAAGAUAGAGGGCGAUAGCAGGUUAGCGGAGGAAAAGACUGUCAUCGGUCGGGGUGCUAAGCUUAGGAAACAGCUCAUAGAUAAUACAUACGAGAAAUCGAUUUGGAAGAUUCUGGCCGACUUCUGGGUGGAACUGGUGUUGUAUGUGGCGCCUUCGGACGACGCACAAGCACAUGUGGAGCAUUUGACUAGAGGAGGCGAGUUUGUAACUCACUUGUGGGUUUUGCUCUCUCAUGCGGACAUCAAGAGAGAUCAUUCCAUUGGUUGA